CACCACUCUCGCGCAAACAGAUCCUAAGUGCCCCAAGCGUUCCAUCCACACACGCAGGCAGCCAGCUUCACUUUUUUCCAUCACGUCUUCACAAUCCUGCCCGCAAAGCUCGUCACGCGCUUCUCCAACGCCACAUAGGGCUCAGCCGCCUUCUGGUACACCCGAAAGUGCUCGUCAGCGAGCCGCCGCUCAGCACGGGGAAAGAGGUACGACACAUGGUAAAAGCCUGUGGCGGGGCAGACGUAGGCCAUGCGCAUCAGGCGGCUGUCUUGCCGGUGCCACAUGGGGUAUCGCCUCAGAGUGAUGGAGGGGUGGUCGAGUAGCAGCGCUAUGACCUCCUCGGGGACGAGGAGGGAGGGGCUCCGGCGGAAGAAGACGUGACGCACCAGGGGGUACAGCGGGUGCUGACGGUUGGAUAACACCCAACACCUCUGCACACACCGGGAGGGGGGCACACGAGCGUCAUGAGCCAAGAGCCGCAUCUGACUCUCUCUCUCUCUCUCUCUCUCAUCGGUCACGUACCUCAAAGGAAACGAAGGCUGCGGUGCUCUUGACUGUGGAGGUUACCCUGUGCAUGUCCAGCUGGACGCCCUCGAUGCCCACCCCUCUGUCCUUGUCAGCCGACAUCUCGUCGAGCAUCGGCAGGAAGACCUCCUCCACCACAUCGGCCAUGCUCCUCGGGUGGUUCUGCCCGAUGAUGGUGCAGGCCUUCAUGCCCAGCAGCACGAACAGGAAGUCGCCGCGGCAGGCCAGCAUCCUCUGCACGUCAAGCUUGAUCCCGGGGGCCGCCGCACGCGCCGUCUGGAAGUAGUUAUUCUCGAGCGACACGAAACGCUGGUACGCCUGAUGGAUCUGACCCAUCCCAUCAAUGGACGAUGGACAAGGGCAUCGCAUCAGGAGCUGAGUAGAACCCACCCACCUGUUUUUGCCGCUUGGAUAGCGCCUUGGGUUUGAUGAGGAAGAGGCGGUCCCGCCGCUCUGUCAGUGAGGGAGUGUCUUGAAGAGCCGACACCAUCGGCAUCAGCUCCUCCAUCAUGGGCGCCUUGCUGUCACCAUCUCGCAACCUGACCAACCAACCAAUCAACCAACCACCACACACGAUAAGGAUGGAUGACUGCCUCACCGCACGGCUGCCUGCCUGUCUGCCCGCCCGUCUCUUCUCGUCUCGUCUUACCUGACCUCUUUCUCCCCUCCAUGAGGGCCGCAGUGGCAUCGUCGUAUCUCCGCAUUCGGAUGAGCACUGCCGCCCGCCGCACCCAUGCCGGUUCAGACGCAGGCAUGCAAGCUGUGGCGGUCUCCGCGCACCGGCUGGCGCGUGGGAGAUCACCCAAGUAGAGGUGGCUGCCGGCAAGCCAGUGGUUCAGGUAGCCCGACACGGGGUUGAGACGAACGCCUGCCAUGUAUCAAUCAUAUAUGAAAAUGGAGAAGCGGCAGAUGCAGGCCUGUUACACUUGAUGAUGAGCAGUGAAUCCACUGGCAUACCUGAUAGUUUCAUCGCUUUGCGGCAGCUACUGCAGCUGGGCGUGCCGGGUGUGGAUCUUGGGCUCAGUGUGCCGGACAGGGCCCCAGUGAGUGGUUCAUUGGUAGCUGUUGUUUUUCGCCCUUCCUCCUGCUGUUGGUAGCUGUCGAAG